UUUACCUUCAUAGUAGCUCAAGCAUAAAGUACUCGAAAGGCGUCAUUCCGUUGAUUGCUAUUGGACCGCAGUUUAACAUGUUCACAUCAUUUGAAGAACUGGUUCAAAUAAAAUAUAGAAAUACCGCUUGGUUUUGAGGAUUAAAGCAUUCUGAGAUACCAUUUGCAACUCAAGUACCGAGCAACAAAGUUGGAAAAUUAGAAAAAAAACAACAAAACAUCAAAAGUCAUUAUGGAUGAAACAGUUCAGAGCGACAAAUCUGAAACGAUCAGUCUUCCAGAGAGAUCGCCAGAGCCACCUGUAGUAGAGGAGCCAGUUACUAUCGACCGAGAGGGGCGCGAGACAUGGAAAGGCCAGUUCGACUUCCUCAUGACUCUGGUCGGAUUCAGCGUCGGCAUCGGAAACAUCUGGCGCUUCCCUUACCUGUGCUACAAAAAUGGGGGAGGAGUGUUUUUUAUACCCUAUUUCAUAGCACUAUUUGGCGCCGGAAUCCCAUUGCUAUUCCUAGAAGUCUCAUUGGGUCAGUUUACAUCCGCAAGUGGAGUGAAAUCGUGGAUGAUCUACCCUUUGACCAAAGGAAUCGGAGUCGCCACCUCGUUUGUCGUCUUCAAUCUCAACACUUAUUACGUAAUAGUUAUAUCAUGGGGACUUUAUUACCUCUAUUCGUGUUUCACUUUGGGAGAUCUGCCGUGGACAAUUUGCGAUCCGUCUUAUGGGGAGAUUUGUUCAGAUAACAAUGGAACAGGAGGACUGAACAACUCAAACUUAGUUGAGCUGUAUUGGGAAAAACAGGUUUUAGGCCUCAGUUCGGGACUGCAAAAUUUGGGUUCAGUUCAACUGCACAUGGCCAUUAGUUUACUAGUGGCUUGGAUUAUUGUCUACGCCUGCAUUAUUAAAGGUGUGCAAUGGACAGGAAAGAUAGUCUGGUUUACUGGUCUGUUUCCCUAUUUCAUGCUCAUAGUUCUCUUCAUCAGAGGCGUGACCUUGGAAGGAGCCGCAAGUGGCAUCAGCUACUACCUCUACCCAGACUUCUCCAAACUUUCCGAGGGAACUGUUUGGCUUGAUGCAGGAACCCAGGUCUUUUUCUCCAUGUCACUGGGUCUCGGAUCCAUGCAGACGUUGGGAAGCUACAACCACUUUCAUCAUAAUUGCCUUCGCGACUGCAUAGUUUACGCAAUAAUUAACUGCUGCACGAGUAUUUUCGGCGGGAUUUGUAUCUUCUCGGUUCUGGGCUAUAUGGCCCACGAGAUGGAUCUUCCGAUAUCCGAAGUAACAAGAGGGGGUCCUGGAUUGACUUUCAUUGCCUACCCGAAAGCAAUCUCGCUCAUGCCGACUAUGACCAAACUACUGUCGAUUAUGUUUUUCCUCAUGCUGAUUUUUCUAGGCUUAGACAGUCAAUUUGUGGGCGUUGAAGGCUUUACGUCACAAUUCAUGGAUGCCUUUCCCAAAAUGUUUGCUUUUAAGCACUCUAGAGCUGUGUUCAUAACUGUGUUGAGCAUCGUUUACUACUUCAUAGGUCUCAUAAUGACCACUGAAGGAGGCAUGUACAUCUUCCAGAUUAUGGACUUCUACUCAGCCAGUGGCAUCGUACUCCUGUUCGUCUGUUUCUGCGAGACCAUAGCAGUAGCUUAUUUCUACGGCAGCCGACGUUACGUAAACGACUUAGAAUACAUGCUAGGCUUCAAAACUCCAGUUUAUUUCCAGAUUAGCUGGCUUGUAAUAACACCCGUGACGUGCGUUUUAAUCGCCGGGAUCUUUCUAGCAACAAUCCAACCGUUGACCUACGGAAAUUAUACUUACCCAACUUGGUCGCAGUUUUUAGGAUGGGGCAUUACUUCAGUUACAUGUUUGACUAUACCAGUGACGAUGUUUGUUCAGUGCAUAACUAGCAAAGGCGACCUUGAAGGGUUAAUAACCGCAGUUUAUAAGAAACAUCAAGUCCACUCGAAAUCCGAACAUCCUUACGUGAUCAAAGGGACUCCUAGCGCGCAACAAAAUAAUCUUCAAGAAACAGAGUUUAAUAUUCGUACCACCGAGUGUAUUUAAAGAGCAAGAUUACUAUUUCAUCUUAAAUACAAAAUAGAGUAUACUGCAGAUCCAAGACAGAUGAAUUUAUUUGAAAAGCGUGAUUUUGUAUAUUUAAGAGCACCCAAUUCAUUGUUUAACUUCAUAAUCCAAGAACACAGGCAGAAAGCGAUUUCAUGAUCAACUAGAAUCGAGUGUUCUCAAUGGAUAUCAUAGCUUAACCGUAAAUGAUUCAAACUUCGGUCCAAUAAAAAACUUCGGUCCAAUAAUUUCAGCCUAAAAACAGUAACUUAAAAUCUGCACGAGGUCUCACCCAUAUUCGGUAUCUCACUGUUUUUUCAACAAUUGAGCAAGUUUUGAUUUGAGAAAUCACAAAAAACUUUGACGGGUC